GUUUGUCUGUUGUACUGUCAUUGUCUGUCAUUCACUUACAGUGUGUUUCAUGUUUGUUUACGAUUUAUUUUGAAAAUAAAAUGGAAGUUAACGAGUUAUUUACGAAACUAAAAGAACUUGGAUAUACUAACACGAAACGAGCGGAACUACGUGAACUAUGCAAUCAAAAAAAUGAUCAGAUAUUGAAGUAUCUACCGCGACGAAUUCUGAACAGUGAUGGAAGUAAAAUAAUUGAUUGCCUGUUUAACGGAUUUUCAGACAACACUCCAUCGUAUCGGUCUAAACUCAAGGUGAUUGACAUAGUCAUUAAGACACUACGAAAGGAGUCAACAUCUCUGACCCACUGUGGAGACUUAAUCAGUAGAAUAGGAUUGGAACUGGCAAAGGCGCCGGCCAGCGAGCUUGUGCAGUGGAGCAAUGAUACUGUUCAGUCCAUUGUGGAUGAUAGUGAUGUCAAUAUGAUAUGGAGAGACAUACUUCCCGAAUGCUUGAACACUCUCUCUGCAUCAGACACGGUGAAGCACUGUGGUACAGACAUGACGGUGGCUGAAUACAGGGAACAGUGCAUCCGGACUCUGUGCCAGUGCGGCUGGAAGGAGCGGCAACUGGUGCAGCUCACUGCUAUGUUCAAUGACAUGCAGCUUCCCCGCAACGAGCACAAGCAGGUGGUGAACAAGAUCUGUACGUACAUCAUGGACUGCCCGCCGGACACGCUGCCCGCACUUGUCCACCAACUGAUAAAGCUAUGCAAAACGCAGGAUUUCGACAUAGUGCUGUCACACUUGGGGUACUACUUCAGUGCCCAGCUGUACAGCAAACUGGCUCCUCCCACACCCGAUUCGGAAGCUACUACUAUGGACAUUGACGAUAUUGUACCCCACAGCCCGGCAGAAGUGAGCCGCUGCCUCUCCACCUGCAUCUACCACAUCGUGGAGGUGAUGGAGAAGCCGCAGCUCUGCAAGGUGCUCCGGGGCUGGCCCCGCUCGCAGCUGCUCCGGGCACCGUUCCUGCUGGACCUCGCCUUGGCCCUGUGUGGGGAGAGCGACUGCAGGGCUCUGUGUUUAGACGUAAUACCCCACAGCCCGGCAGAAGUGAGCCGCUGCCUCUCCACCUGCAUCUACCACAUCGUGGAGGUGAUGGAGAAGCCGCAGCUCUGCAAGGUGCUCCGGGGCUGGCCCCGCUCGCAGCUGCUCCGGGCACCGUUCCUGCUGGACCUCGCCUUGGCCCUGUGUGGGGAGAGCGACUGCAGGGCUCUGUGUUUAGACGUAAUACCCCACAGCCCGGCAGAAGUGAGCCGCUGCCUCUCCACCUGCAUCUACCACAUCGUGGAGGUGAUGGAGAAGCCGCAGCUCUGCAAGGUGCUCCGGGGCUGGCCCCGCUCGCAGCUGCUCCGGGCACCGUUCCUGCUGGACCUCGCCUUGGCCCUGUGUGGGGAGAGCGACUGCAGGGCUCUGUGUUUAGACGUAAUACCCCACAGCCCGGCAGAAGUGAGCCGCUGCCUCUCCACCUGCAUCUACCACAUCGUGGAGGUGAUGGAGAAGCCGCAGCUCUGCAAGGUGCUCCGGGGCUGGCCCCGCUCGCAGCUGCUCCGGGCACCGUUCCUGCUGGACCUCGCCUUGGCCCUGUGUGGGGAGAGCGACUGCAGGGCUCUGUGUUUAGACGUAAUACCCCACAGCCCGGCAGAAGUGAGCCGCUGCCUCUCCACCUGCAUCUACCACAUCGUGGAGGUGAUGGAGAAGCCGCAGCUCUGCAAGGUGCUCCGGGGCUGGCCCCGCUCGCAGCUGCUCCGGGCACCGUUCCUGCUGGACCUCGCCUUGGCCCUGUGUGGGGAGAGCGACUGCAGGGCUCUGUGUUUAGACGUAAUACCCCACAGCCCGGCAGAAGUGAGCCGCUGCCUCUCCACCUGCAUCUACCACAUCGUGGAGGUGAUGGAGAAGCCGCAGCUCUGCAAGGUGCUCCGGGGCUGGCCCCGCUCGCAGCUGCUCCGGGCACCGUUCCUGCUGGACCUGGCCUUGGCCCUGUGUGGGGAGAGCGACUGCAGGGCUCUAUGUUUAGACGUAAUGAAAGCCGGUAUAUUAUCCCGGGAGACGGAGUGUGUAGUGCGCUCGUCAUGCGCGGGCGCACGCGCCGUGCUGCCGCGCGCCGCCGGCGCCGCCGCCGUGCUGCCGCGCGCCGCCGGCGCCGCCGCCGUGCUGCGCGCGCUCACUACUGAAAGUGCCAGCCACCGCCAGCUCACCGUGCUAGGCCUCAUCAGCCUCGCCUUCUCCCUGCUGAGCACCCCCCGCGGCAAGCCCCACGCCGGCUCCUGCUGGUCCCUCGGCAAACUCAUACUAGCCAGGCUCAGCAAGGCGCAGCCGGAGACUGCCCCACAUAUACUGGCCACGUUAGCGGAUAGGCUGAACACGGCCAGUCCACAGCGACAAUAUGCAGAUUGCCUGUUCGUCCUCUGCAAGUUGACCCCCAUCUCCGUCGAGCGCUGCUCCCAGCUGAGCGCCAUACUGGAGAACUGCCGACCCUCGGCCGACCUCAGGAGCUGCGCGCUCGUACUGGAGGCCGUGCACCCGCUGAUCAACUUCAGUGCCAGGACUAGAGACUGCCUGUUCAUGGUGUGCAGGAAGGGGAUCAACUCCAGGGACUCCGCCCACCGCCGCCUCGCGCUGUCCGGCUUCCUGACCGUCCUGCGCCACGUGAAGGUGUCCGGCACAUUCAGCAGCAGCCAGAGCACGUACAGCGAGGACAGCCACGCCUCGUAUCUGACACAGCUCACUAUUGUGCACUCCACACAGGCCGGAGCACCUGCGGCGUCUAGCGUGCGCAACGAGGCAGUAUGUCUGGAGGUGGUGUCGAUACUGCGACGGUGCCUCGUACAGGACGCGGCUGUCAAACAACUGCUCUACACUAGACUGUACGAGUGUGUGAAAGACAAGCCGGGGCUCCACGAGUGCGUGCUCGAGUUCCUGAACGAGCACCUCGCCAUAUACCUGGAGGAGGACCAAGUGCUUUGGGACAAAUGUGUGCUCAUUAACGGACCCACCGCCGUGUUAGUGGAGCCCAUAUCUCACCUUCUGUACGUGACAGCACAGUUCCUUCAAGAGGAAGAUGAGGAGUUAGAAGACAUUUUAGCCAGCCAGGCCGACAACGGCAGCGCCGUGCUGCGGAGCAAGCUGGCACUAGACCUGGCCAAGAUAUGUGACAGCGAGCGGUUCGGACAUAUUGAAGUGGAUGACGUAGGCCUUUCCGACCUGACCCCUGAAUCCAAGGCGAAGAGCUUCAAAGUCCAGCAGAUGCUGUCGUCGUACGAGGCGCUGGUCGGUUACCAGGUCAUGAAGUGGGACCGGGAGAGUCCUAGAACCGCCACUGUGCUCAGUCUGUUCAAGGGGUACACUCAGCUGUUGGAAAACACUAAGGCAACACCUAAAUUAGGCAAGAAGGGCAGUAAAUCAACUCUAAACGAGACGCGAGAAACCGUCAAGUCACAGAAGAGUCAAAAGACACAGGAUAAAGAAAACAGACCGGUCAAGGUGUCGAGCUUGACCAAAGACAGAGGCGCACCUUUCAAGACUUUACCCUGCGUCUGGGACCUGAAAGUGUGUCUACGAGUGAUGGAACUACUGUAUAGCGAAGAAGUUCCAUGGUGCACUCUUGAGCAACGAAACCGAAUCCGUAGCUCACGAGAGUUCCACCAUUGGUCGCUGCGCUGUGUGCGCUCUGUGGUCGAACUGAGCGACAAGCAGGGUGUCAAACUCAUCACUAACAUAGCCACUAUUAUGUACAAGCGGUGUGUCUGCAGAUUCCGUGACAUGUGCGAGUUCGACGACACGACGGCGCUGGGUUGCGUGGAGCUGUUCACGGAUUGUCUCACGUUCAUCCUGUCCCCCGACCACGGGUUCAAAACUGACGGUUUCCUGUCGGCAAUCACGGAAAUAUCAGACGAGCAAGAAUCCACCUACAUGGCCGCGAUACUAGAGCACGUCCACACAGCUCUCUGCCAAGUAGAAGAGGAGAGCGCGGAAGAGGGAGACAGCGUGAACAAGAAACUAGUGGCGGCGUGUUGCCAGCUCGCUGACGUGUUGUUAGAGGCGCCGGUGGUAGCCUGCGAGAGAUACACUGCCGCAUUGUUAAAGCUAGAAGAUUACGUGCGGACCAGUAAACAGGAUUGCCUGUCACUCAUUCCACCGCUACUGACGGCCGGGGCGAGGAUACAGCAGGAGGCGCCUUUGCUGGACCAGCUGCUGGAUAAGCUGGCCAGCGCGCUGGGCAGGAUUGAUGUAAGUGACAGACAGACAGGAUUGCCUGUCUCUCAUUCCACCGCUACUGACGGCCGGGGCGAGAAUACAGCAGGAGGCGCCGUUGCUGGACGAGCUGCUGGAUAUAGACAGGAUUGCCUGUCUCUCAUUCCACCGCUACUGACGGCCGGGGCGAGGAUACAGCAGGAGGCGCCUUUGCUGGACGAGCUGUUGGACAAGCUGGCCAGCGCGUUGUGCAGGAUUGAUGAAGAAGACACGUCCGCCGGUGGCGAGGACACUCCAAACUUCCCGUCGGUAGACUGUCGCACCGGCCACGCCGUGCUGACGCACGUCUGCGUGCACCUGAGCCAGCGCGGCUCCAGCGCCGAGCACCUGCUGCAGCUCGCGAGGGACCUGGACGCGGCGCUACCUACGGCCGCUAGAGGGCAGGCGCAGGCUAUGGAAAGAGCAACUGGCCACGCCGUGCUGACGCACGUCUGCGUGCACCUGAACCAGCGCGGCUCCAGCGCCGAGCACCUGCUGCAGCUCGCGAGGGACCUGGACGCGGCGCUACCUACGGCCGCUAGAGGGCAGGCGCAGGCUAUGGAAAGAGAACUACAAGAAGUAUACUCAGCGGUGAUACUGCAGCUCUGCCAGCUGUCGUCCUGGAGCCGCGCGGCGUGCACGCUGCGGUGUACAGUCGGCGUCGGCAGUGCCCGCGUGCUGUCGUCUCUGGCGCGACUGUACACGUUGCUCGCCACGCUAGUGCGACAGCUGUCUCCUGUCACCCUCGACUCGAACAUACGGAGUGUGGAGCGCCUGCUAAAGUUGUGCGGCAAAAAACUGUCCUCAGCUGUGGACAACCUCGUGAUAUUCCUGGAGGCGGCCAGCAACAAGGCGCGCGACACCAAACAAAUACCCAGAGUUGUGUUCGAGGCCGAGCGCUUCGGCCGCCAGGUGGCGCUGCUGUCCGCCAACACCAAGGACAACCUCGUGAUAUUCCUGGAGGCGGCCAGCAACAAGGCGCGCGACACCAAACAAAUACCCAGAGUUGUGUUCGAGGCCGAGCGCUUCGGCCGCCAGGUGGCGCUGCUGUCCGCCAACACCAAGGUGAACCUGAUGCAGUACCUCCCCAUGGGGACGGCGCGGGACUUCAGGAUCCGGGCGCCCGUGAUUGAGGAGAUGCUCAAAGACAACCCGGAGAUAGAUGAGGCGGAAGACGAAGAUGCGCCUGCAGAAGCCCCGUCUCCAGUCGCGAGCGAUAACGGAGACAGCCGGGGCGCGGGACCUCCCAGCAAAAGGAGGCGCUCCUAA